AUGUCCAUCAAAAAAGCGGCGAAGAUCGCUGACGCUUUUGUGGGAGAUGGCCUCCGUCAGUCAACUGCGCAUGAACUGCGACGCAAAGGCCGAUCCCGCGACUUUUGGCGGUGGAUGAAGCUUCCCUUCGAGCCUUACACAGUGGAGCUCCCCUUGAGCAAAGCCGCCUUGGAUCCCCAUGUCGUCAUGGAAAGCAUCAACUUCGUGCUGCCAUCUGACAUGCUGGGUGAGAUGCUUCGACAGAAUGUGAUGGAUAUUUGCGUCUUCGGUCCCGAAGGACAUACAUCCUUGGCUACAUAUUGGGCCGAAGAAAGUACUGACUUCAUGCAAAAAAUCAAGCUCAACCAGGCCGAUGCGGCCUUCGCCAUUCCUCUCUUCCUGCAUGAAGACGGUGUUCCCAGUUUCCAGGACGAAUCCUACUCUUUUUGGAGCUGGAGCUCGCUUUCGCGGCACCAGAGCGCCUACUCCAGGGCCUUCGUGGUGGGUCUGCCUAGCUCUCGUGUGUUGCCGUCCACACGAGCAACAAUCUGCGACGCGCUGGCCUGGGAUCUGGCAAACUUGGCAAAAGGCGUGCGACCGACCCACGACCACCGUGGAAGGCUGCUGACAGGCAAACGUGCCGAGCUCGCUGGCGAGGACAUAUGCGGCGGCUAUACUGCUCACUUCACUUGGUGGAAGGGGGACAUGGAAGCCAGAGUUUCUGCUCACAACCUCAUGACUCGGCAUUACCGCCACUUGGCGGCACCAAGCAUUGAAGUCAUCAGUGGAUUGAGUGAUGAAGCGGAUCAAAGCCACUGGCUUCCCGUCCCGGGAUACUCGAGAUCGAGGAUUCUGUUGGACAGUAUGCACUUGCUGAAUUGCAUCCGCCCUGACAUCCUGGUGGACAAAACCUUGCACCGGUUCACCUAUCGCGGCAAAGAGUGGGCCAAAACAGUCGGCGAAGAACUCAACAUCAAGGACAUGUGUUUGCAGAAGAUUAAAGUACUCGAAUAUCAUUUCGCAUAUGUUUUGUCAACUCUUUGGGAGGAACUCACACGAGCCAAAAUUGGAAUGCCCAACAAGGGCAUGGUUCUGAAAAAGUACCCUGAGCUCGACUCGCGAAUCAAGGCUCCUCGCAAAAGAAUUAACUACAUUCGCCGCACGAGCAAAGACUUUGCUGCUGUUUUGCACCCACAUGGCGAUCGCUCUGGACACAUGGCAGAAAUUCAUCAAAGUUUCUGUUCUGCUCCACCGAUUGAAGCUAUGUUGCACACUUCGCAAGACAAUCUUAAGGAGGCCAAUCCAAAUGAUGAGCUGUCUGCUGAGCAGCUCUUUCUGCUGCAGAUGGAAUGCACGAUGCUUUGGGCGCUGUCGACUACACUGCAGAUCUGGCUGCAGGGCAGACGUCCUCACCUGACAGACGUUGCUCGGCUGGAGGCUGCAGUAUAA